AUGACGCCGUCCCUCCUCCCAGAAUCGCAUUACGGCGAUGUAGUCGCAUCAAUGAAACCCCCGUCUAACGACCCCCAGAUCAUCCAAACCCCGCUUCGUAACCCAUCGUUGCAGGUCACAGCAGACCACCAACUCAAGUUUGUCGAAGCGCCAGUGUACGCUCCCCGACGCGGGGAAGUUCUUCUUCAAAUCAAGGCUACUGGAAUUUGCGGAUCCGAUAUCCAUUUCUGGAAAUCAGGUCGAAUCGGCCAGCUAGUGUUCGAGGGGGAUUGCAUUAUCGGCCAUGAAGCGGCCGGCGUAGUCUUGAGAUGCGGUGAAGGCGUCACCAAAUUCAAGCCAGGCGACAGGGUCGCAGUCGAACCUGGCGUUCCAUGUGAACAAUGCUUCCUCUGUAAUGAUGGCCGGUAUAACCUCUGCGAAGACGUACAGUUUGCCGGAGUCUAUCCGUACGCAGGGACCUUGCAACGAUACAAAGUCCAUCCUGCGAAGUGGCUGCACAAGCUUCCAGACGGCUUUUCCUACGCCGAAGGAGCCCUCCUCGAGCCUCUCUCCGUUGUCAUGCGCGGCAUCCAAGUGGCCCGCCUAAAUCUCGGCAGGGGAGUCGUAGUGUGCGGCGCCGGACCCAUCGGUCUCAUUGCUCUUGCUGCAGCGCGCGCAUCAGGCGCCCACCCGAUUGUCAUAACGGACGUUGAGCUGAGGCGGCUUGCGUUUGCGAAAGAGAUUGUGCCGAGCUGUAUUACAUACCAGGUUGAUCUCGCGAAGGAUGCGCAGGACAACGCACUCGCUAUUAGGGCCCUCUUCGGAGACAGCGAGUACGUUGCGCCAGAGGCGGUGCUUGAGUGCACGGGGGUGGAAAGUAGUGUUUGUACAGCGGCGUAUACUGCGCGCCGGGGUGGUGUGGUGGUUGUGAUUGGUGUUGGGAAGGCGACUAUGAAUAACCUGCCCUUUAUGCACAUGUCUCUUGCAGAGGUGAGAUUCACUCUGAAUCUUGGGCGAAUCCGUGCUAACGAUGGCUAG